AUGACUUCGAAUUCCGAAAAUCAUCCUCAUGGAAAGGCAAAUUUCGCCGAAAACCCAUUCGAACAACUCCCAAGAGAUCUUCUUUUGAGCAGAGUUUCGCGUGCUGUCCAACUACUCAUCGAUGACUGUGGCAAGGAAAUUGUCGAGACGGUCUUAAGUGCAAGUGAACCGAAGCACAUUCGUGCUCUUAUUGGUCCUAUCGCGCUUCUGAAAUUGGAGCAUAAGGAAUGUCGCAAAUACUCUGUUCGUGACGUUGAUCCGCCCUCUUGGAUAGAGGAGAAAAGAAUUACUCGAGCAUUUUGGUAUAUUCAAAUGUUUUACGAUCUGAAAAAUAAUGCCGAAAAACUUCAAUGGACGAAGUCAGACCUGGAUAAACUUCGAAGUAUGGAUGCAGACGAAUUUUAUGACAGGCCACCGCGCUGCCCCAUAGGAAGUGCGAUUUUGACUGUGGCACUUUAUUUGAGUGAGGCAUCUGAGGGUCUCAUAGUCAACACGACUCAGAAUACAAUUUCUGAUAUACAAUUACCACAGCCAGCAGAGAACGUCUCUGUUAUCGUACUUGCCGAGCCAAAAUUUGAGGGUUCUAAAUCGGACGGAUGGGGACAGGGUGCCGACCGUAUCGAUCAUAGCCCUUCAUCAAUACCAGGAAUUUUUGUUCCUCUUUGCUUACUUAUGCUUCCAGUAUUUACUCGAGUUGAAUAUUCAUCUGCGCGUUUCCGUCGUUUUGGGUUUGCUAUUUGGGAUCGCAAGAGAAUGUUCGCUUUUGGACUAGCAAAUGGACCUGGCCCGUCAGAGAUUGUCGCCCCCAAUAGAAGAGAAUUACUUUUCAAAUAUUUAACUCUAUCAGAAUAG